AUGCCAUACAACAACACCCCAAUCGCGCCCUCCAAAGAAGUCACCGGCCAUGUCUCCCUACCCCACCCGGAGCGGCUCAAUGUAACCAAAAACGCCGCCUUCGCCAUCGCGCUCGCGACCGAGAUGUUCAUCCAGCACCUGGCGACCACCACACACAACGUCGUCAAGACGGAGCGCAAGCCGCGGCGCAACAUCCAGUACCGCGACGUCAGCAGCGCGAUUGCAAAGACGGAUAAUCUCGAGUUUGCGGUCGAUGUUGUGCCCAAGACGAUGCUUUGGAAGGAGGCGAAGAAGCGCAAGGAGGAGCGCGAGGAGAGGGAGAAAGUGGCGGAGGAGGGGAAGGGCAAGGGCAAGGGGAAAGAAGUUAAUGGCAAUGGCGAUGCGAAUGGGGAUAGUGCAGAUGGAGGGGCGGAGGAGAGUGGGCAUGAGGCGAAUGGGCAUACCGAGGAGGCUGCGACAAAUGGCGUUGGGGCGUCGGUAUCGGCAUCGCCUGUACCUGCGGCGAAACCAGACGCUGCGCCUGAAGCUAUGGACGUCGAUGAACGCGCCGAGGACAGCGAACCGGAGGAAGAUGCCGCGGCUAUGCAGCUGGAGAUGGAGAUGCGGGGACCACCAAGGCCGAAGACAGAGAGUCCAGAAGCAAAGACUGCGCCUGCGCCUGCGCCUGUGCCUGCGCCGGCACCGACUGUCACUACGAGGAGGUCCGCGGGCGGAUUCACAUCGAUCAACGGGGCGCGGUAG